CCCACAUGACUUUAACGCAGCACGUGCUACGUUCAAGUCAUGUGGGGCGGAUGAAGAGAGUUGAUGAUUGUGAUUUUUUGGUACCGAGCGGAGAGGAGAUGCACACGGCACUCGAGUGAGCUCAAGUGUGUCCGUUUGUAUUGAGUUGAAGACCUCCUAUGAGCACAAGGACUGAGGCGAGGUGAGGAAAAUCAGUGCUACGAUAAGUCAGAAGGAGGGAGCCUAAUAUUAUGGGGACCAGAAGUGAAGGAACAAUGCGUGUCCAUGUGCACACCAAGUUCUGCUUCCUGUGUGUCCUCACGUUCCUGUUCCAGUGCGUCCACUGUCACGAGGAGGGCCAGCACGGCGAGCAUCCACAAGGCGAUGGCCACGGCCACGGCCACGGCCACGUCCACAACGACCUGCAGAUCUCCCAGGCCCCGUACGUGGGCGGAGCCGCCACUCCGUCCCCCAAGUCCAGCCAGGUCACCGCGUCCAUGCUAGCGGAGGAGCAGCACUUCUACGUCCAGCAGCUAUUCAAGCGCUACGGCAAAAUGGGCCGGCUGGACUUUCAGGGCUUCCAGACCCUGCUAGUCAGCCUGGGCCUUGGCGAGGUGAAGGUGGUGGGCGCCGAGCACGAGGAACUAGGCCACGAUCAUGUCGCCCACCUGGACAUGCUGGACGUGCAGGAGGGGCUUCACUCUCAUUUCCCCACAGACGGCCACCACCAUGGAAAGGCCGGUCACCAUCACCCCCACACUGAAAGGGCGACAAUAAAGUGCAGCAAGCAGGACAGCGAGGCCAGUCCGACGGCCGACGGCGGCCCACUGCAGGACCAUAACCACACGCACGACCAGGACAAGGACCCAGACCACGCCCACGAGGUACAAGACCAGCAUAAACACUCAGCCGGCCACCCCAAGGGCCACGCGCACAAGCACGGCCAUGGCCACGCUCACGGCCCCGACAAGGAGCACGUUCACGGGGCGAUGCCUGUCAGUAGGGCAGACGUCUCCCGACAGCUCGACGACCACGAUCAUGACCCCCCACAGCAAACACUAUCCACCACCGACAUUUCAUCCACCCACCCAGAGCAGCUCCCCACAGCCCAGACGGCGCCCCCCGUAGCCCCCCAGCAGCAUCUCCCGGAGGCUACGUCCCCAGAGUCCGAGCCGCCGACCGCCGCAGCGGCAGAGAGCCGGACCAAGCGGCCCCGGAAGACCACCAGGGACCGAGGGCAGCGGGCUCGGAACAGAACCGCCUCCUCCGCUCUACCGGGGGAGCAGGGCAGCGGCAAGCAGCACCGAAACCAUGAACAGAAACACAACCACGACCGAGAACACAACCUUGAACACAAUCAUGAGCAGGAGCACGACCACAGUCACGACCACGACCACAGCCACGACCACGACCACGACCACAGUCCGGGCAGGAAACGGAAGAGGGAAGCACCGGGGGGGCCUCUCCCCCCAACUCCCUCGGCUCCAUCAGGUCCUGGUAAUUUAAGGGGAGUGGCUCACCAUCACGAAGAGUGUCUGAACCUGACCCAGCUGCUGAGGUACUACGGUCUGAACCCAGACUCUCAGAUCUCCCAGGCCCAGUUUACCUACCUGUGCCCCGCCUUGCUCUACCAGAUAGACAGCCGGCUCUGCAUCCGCCACUUCCACCAGCUGGAGGUGGAGCAGAAAGACAUCGGUAACUCUGGGUGGGUGUGGAUGUGGGGCUUUGUGUCCAUCACCAUCAUCAGCCUGCUGUCUCUGCUGGGCGUGGUGCUGGUGCCUAUCCUCAACCAGUCCUGCUUCAAGUUCCUGCUCACCUUCCUGGUGGCGCUGGCCGUGGGCACGCUUAGUGGCGACGCCCUGCUGCACCUGCUGCCCCACGCUCAGGGGCAGCAUACCCACGGGGAGCCGGCUGCGGCAGGGGCCCCCGAGGACUGGCUGACAGCCUUCGACGGGGUGUGGAAGGGCCUGACGGCGCUGGCGGGAAUAUACCUGCUGUUCAUCAUCGAGCACUGUAUCGGCAUGGUCAAGCACUACAAAGACCAAGGGGGAACCUUCUGUGCCCGGAAGAAGCGGGGAGAAGAAGGAAAGAUCGGCAGAAAGCUGUCGGACCAUAAGCUGAACCGGCGCUCUGACACAGAGUGGCUGAACCUCAAGCAUCUGGACAAAGGGGCUGACGGCGGCACGGUGGGCUCCUGUGACAAUGGCCACAACGACACCCAGCUCAGCGAGCUCCAGCCCCCCGAGUCCCCCUCCGCUAAGGCCCCGCUGGCCCCCGCAGAGCUGGCGCCCACCACCCCCACCAGGGACAAGGGCAAGAAGCACGGCCACUCCCACGGCCACGGCCACUCCCACGGCGGCAACUGCCACACGGACCAGGAGAUGAAGGACGCGGGCAUCGCCAGCAUCGCCUGGAUGGUGAUCAUGGGGGACGGCAUGCACAACUUCAGCGACGGCCUGGCCAUCGGUGCGGCCUUCAGUGCAAACAUCACUGGAGGUAUCAGCACGUCGGUGGCCGUCUUUUGCCACGAGCUGCCCCACGAACUGGGGGACUUUGCGGUGCUGCUGAAGGCGGGGAUGUCCGUGAAGCAAGCCAUCGUGUACAAUCUGCUGUCGGCGCUCAUGGCGUACGUGGGCAUGGUUAUCGGCACGGCCGUGGGCCAGUACGCGCACAACGUCACCAGCUGGAUCUUCGCCGUCACCGCCGGCAUGUUCCUCUACGUGGCGCUGGUGGACAUGCUGCCUGAGAUGCUACACGGGGACAGCGAGGAGCACAAGCGUUGCCAGCUGGGCCACUUCCUUCUCCAGAACCUGGGCCUGAUGACCGGCUUCGUCCUCAUGCUGCUCAUCGCCAUCUUCGAGGAUCAGAUCGUCUUCAACUUUGACUGGGUGUAGAUUGGGUGGGAGGGCAGGGAGGGUGGGAUGGGGUUGUGUGUGUGUGUGUGUGUGUGUGUGUGUGUGUGUGUGUGUGUGUGUGUGUGUGUGUGUGUGUGUGUGUGUGUGUGUGUGUGUGUGUGUGUGUGUGUGUGUGUGUGUGUGUGUGUGUGUGUGUGUGUGUUGGGGGUCAAAGCUAGAUGUGUGGAUGUUGUGCUUCCCAGCCUCAACAUACUGUGCUUGCUACGUGACGGUCCUGUCUUGCAUGCAUUGUGAAGCUCACAGCAGUGGCUUAUGCAUCGCAGCAUCAUCAUCAUCAUCAUCCUCAUCAUCAUCAUCAUCAUCAUCAGUUUGAUGUUGGCAUGCCCCCCCGCUAUCUUCAUCGCUGUCCAUUCAAACCUGAUGCCUGAAGGACUCCAAACAGGACCCCCACACACCCCGGCUGGUGGCUGUCGCCCUCAUCCUCCUCCUCCUCCUCCACGCCACACACACACAUCUGUGGAGCGUCGCCACUGGUAAUCCAUCAUGGAGCUGUGUUGUCAUGCCGAUGUCGCCGCGGUGUCACGUACUGAGCAUCUCUUGUCUCGUCUGUGUCAGGCCCUCGCAUCACAAACUCUCGUCGCCACGGUUACGUCCACGGCCAAUCAAAAUGAAGGAAGCCAUGCCGCCUUUUUGACGCAUCGACAUGCAAACGCGUCAAGCACUCCUUGGCUCGGAAUAGCAAACUCUCAUUGGCUCGUUAGUUCCUCUAGUGUCUUUAUUUAUGUGUAGUAUUUGUUUGAAUGUCUGAUUUGUUAUUUCUCAGUUACUGCGCACGGUGCCAGCAUUGAAACAGCAAUGCUGACAAUGCCUUUAAAAAGAGAUGGACUCUUCGGACUACAGGCAUAACAUUUAUGUUUGUUUUAGGAAGACUAACAGAAAUGUCUGAAUGAUGCUGUUCUAGAGAGAUAAUCAAUGUCAAAAUGUGAAUUUAGCAAUAGGGACGUCUCUGACGGCAUAAACAGUGUUUUAGUUUACUAGGUUAUUGAGCAUCAGAAACUGCUGUGCCAAAAUCCUUGGCCCCGCUGCAGACCUUUUACGUUCAAUUCAGGCAACAGAUUACACCUCGCGAUAUUGACAAGCUGCAACAACAGAAAUACUAAUGCAAUGAAUCGAAAAGCAACAACCCAUCACUGCAAUCACUGCUCAUCUUAACAUUAUAUUAUCUCCUCAUGUUUACUUUGUGAUUCUGACAAUCUCAAGACAAUGGUAAGGACAGCGGUCGUCUUGCGCGGUACGUUCUCAUCGGUGCUCUAUGGUGUGUCCUCAAUGUAUUACACGAUGCGUUCACAUAGUACAUGCAGACAGGACGUCCUCAGAGUGAGCGCCCACAUGGUGCAUCACUACGGUUUGUCCUCCUAGUCUCCUCCUUCUGGUUCAUGCACACGGUACGUCCUGAGUGCAUUCACAUGGUACCCCAUGUCGUUUACCUCUUACACUUUUUUAUUUUGUUGGGGUGAUAUUUCCCCCUUUAUGCCACAUGUGUCAAAAAUGGCAGUUAUUGGAUUAAUUUUUUGUUCUCCAGCCACGUACUAAGUUUGUCAAAAACUGGCUGGUGCUCGUCACAAUCACACAUUCCACCUAACAUUCCAUUGGGUGUGCUCAUCCCAGGCUAGCAUGCCAGGCUAAAAAGCUUUAGCUUGGUAGCACGUUAGGGGUAGCCUGAUAGCAUGCUAGGCUAACUCCCUGUAGCCUGAUGCCAAGCUAGGCUAGCAUGCGUUAUGUGUGCUAGCCUAGCGUAAGCGUGCUCACGUGAGCACACCCAUAUUUGUGACUUUGUUUAUCCUGUCACCAUGUGACAUCCAUCGUAUGAAGAAUCCUGGUCGUCACAUUAAAGUAAUGUAUUUGAUCUGAGUGAAUCAUGCAUGAUGCGUGAGUGGAUGGUAGACUGUAAAUCAUUUAUCAGGCGAUCAGAACUUUAUGUACUAUAUAUUUUAUUUUGGAGCUCCACUGAUUGACACCAAUGCCCAAAGUUUUUCUGGGCUGGUGUCCAACGUUCUCAAACGGCCUUCUAAGUAAGUGUCUGGCAGAGAAUGUUGAUCCAUUUUUAAAUACGCCUUAAGGGUACAUGCCUGUCAAUUAUUUUUAUUUUAAGUAAUUAAAGUCAUGUCAAAGGAAAAAGAGGUUGAUCUAAUAAUUUGAUCGUGUCAGACAAUAUGGAUGAUAACAUAAUUUGUACCCUUGUCCAACACCAAAUUGCUCCAUCCAAAAAAAUAAGGGCUCUUUCACUAAAGCUCAUUAUUUAUGUUUCAUGAAACGUUAAGUCAAAUGUUUUAAUUGUUGGAACAUAUUUUUUUUAUGUGGCCUAUGACAUGUAAGUCUGGCACUGUUUUUGCAGUUUAUCUGUUGAAGAAUACGACUUUUGGAGCCGCUAAGCCCCCCCAAGAAGUGCUUGUUUCUCGGAACCCAGACAACACCGUUGUCUGGAAAACAAAGAAGGCCAAUUGUUUUGGUUUGUGUAUAUAUUGUUAAGGAGCUUGGGUAUGGUUGCAUUGCAAUGUGAUGUCAUUGCCAAUUAUCUGUCUUGUACAUUAUCCUCAUGAGUCCAAUAAACAUGAAAAACAUC